AUGAUCGCGAUAGAUACGAACUGUACUAUGACAGUCGGUGAUACCCAUUCGACGCUAGCAGCCGCGCGAGCCGACAACUUCUACUACCCGCCGGAAUGGACGCCGGAGCAGGGCUCGCUGAACAAGUUCCAGGGACAGCACCCGCUGAGAGAACGAGCCAAGAAGCUGGGCGAUGGGAUUCUCGUCAUCAGGUUUGAGAUGCCGUUCCACGUGUGGUGUGGCGGGUGCAAGGCCAUGAUCGCCAAGGGCGUGCGCUUCAACGCCGAGAAGAAGCACAUCGCCAACUACCUCUCCACCAAGAUAUGGAGUUUCAAGAUGCGCUCAGCGUGCUGCCAGCACGAGAUAGAGAUCCACACGGACCCCAAGAACUGCGACUACCUCGUCGUGAGUGCAGCGGAGCGCAAGGCAGUGGAGUACGAUGCAGAGGAUGCCGGCACUGUGGAGCUGCCCUCCAAAGAGGAGCGAGAGCAGCUGUUGGAUCCGCUGGUGCGAUUGGAGCAUGGGGGCCGCGACCGCAAGAGGGCAGCAGCAGCGGCACCCACUCUAGCUGCCGUGAAGGCUGCUGCGGACACCAAACAUGCGGACCCCUUCCGCCUCAACCGUGUGCUGCGCUCCCAGCUCCGGGAGCGCAAGAAGCGGGUGGCAGAGGAGGAGGCAGAGGCGCGCAGCAGGGGGCUGGCGAUCCGGCUGCUGCCGCCCUCACAGGCGGACAGUGCAGCAGCUGCAGCAGCGCCCUUCGCCCACCGCUUUGACCACAACCGCGCGGAGAAGAGAGCUGCCAUUCGCAGCGCCUCCAUCUUCACCCCCCCUGCUGCUCCCUCCGCCACUCCUGCUGCCGCUGGCAGCUCGCCUUGCCUCCCGCCUUCCCUGUCUGUUCCAUCAUUUUUGCAAGAUGUUCCUGUUGCAAGUGAUGUGAUGAGCAGUAGCAUGUUGUAA